CAAUUGGACAUCAAUCUGCUGCUAGAUUGACGGAGGUCGCCCUUAUCCAGUGCCACCUACCGUCUGGCGAGGUAACAAGGCGACGGCGGCGCUGCAGCGUCACUGGACGGCUCCCCGUCGUCGCAGGAGGGCGGCAAUGACGCCUCUCCGGCUGCUUCUCCUGUGUGGUGUAGUGGCUGCCGGGCGCCGGUACCUGUUCACAGCGCCCAAAGCCUUCUUCGCCGGCACGCCUGAGCGGGUGUGUCUGACCCUGUUCGACGUGCCCGAGACCGGCAACCUGACGCUGACGUUCAGGAGAAGUGAGAGUAGCCCGACGUUCGCACAGCACACCCAGCAGGUGUCGGGCGUGGCGGGUGGGUCCAAGGAAACAUGCUUUGAGGUUCAAACACCAGAGCUUGACGAUUUCACCAUGUGGAUGGGUCUGGAAGUUACUUACCCAUCCGCCGUCAACUACACCAUCUCGGGAAAUCAGUACAUCUCUGUCUUCUCGAACAACGCGCCUGAAGAUCAUGUCUUCAUUCAGACAGACAAGUACGUGUACAAGCCGGGACAGGUGGUCCGCUUCCGCGUCCUCUCCGUCAACGGGAAACUGAGGCCGAUUUCGGAGCCGUUGCCGCAGAUUUACAUCGAAUCGCCGGCCGGGACGAGGGUGGCGCAGUGGACAAAUGUGACUGGUCAGAGCGGGCUGGUGCAGCUGGAGAUGCAGCUGGCCGGGGAACCCAGUCUGGGUGAAUGGAACAUACACGUAGCGACAAGCGGCGAGCGUAGGGUGACAAAGCCAUUCAAGGUUGAGGAGUUUGUGCUGCCCAGGUUCGAGGUCAACAUCCAGGGUCCUUCAUUCAUUCUGGAUGAUGCCGAGGAAGUGACGUUGAAGGUGUGCGGAAGACGUCCGGGGCCGACUGUGCCGUGUUUCGAGUCAGCGGCAGUGACCUCGGCUUCGGAAAAACAUUGGACAAGCCUUACAGGCUGGAGGCCACCGCCGAACUCACAGAGGAUGGCACUGAAGUCACGAUCAAGGGCACCAAGACGUUCUCCAUAGCAUACCAGGAGCUGAACCUCGAGACUGACAACUUGAGAAGCAAUUAUUUUAAGCCAGGACUUCCCUUCACUAAUUGAAUCAGGGUACGCCACCCGGACAGCACACCAGCUCCCGGCGAGCUGGUCAAGCUGUGUUUUGAGACCCAUUGGACGACGACAGAGGACGGAAUCAGC